GCGUCGGGAGACCUGUCCGAUGAGCUCUCCCUGAUAUUCGGAAGGACACGAAACCUCGACAUUCAUGAUGGGCUCCAAUACCUGCCAUUUGCCCAUAUAGUUUGUCGCGACGAAUACCUCGUACUUCACUAUACAAAUAUGGAUCUAUUGAAUCAAUUUAUUAAUCCUCAUUCGGGUUAUGUCUACGAGAAUACCAUUCUAUGUCUUUGUAGUAAACAAUACGAACAGCUUUUGGUUGCCAUCACUUUGGCUAAGGAUUACGGACUCUUGACAUUCUCGCGGAUUGAGCAUGGUCACGGUCAUGGUCACGGUAGUAGUGGUGGUAGUAGUCGAUGGUUUGCUAGCGAUGUGAUGGGUGCUGAACAUCGGGCUGUGGAACAGAUGCGAAACAUUGGUAUAUCGGCGCACAUCGACAGCGGGAAGACUACAGUGACUGAACGGAUCCUUUACUACUCCGGAAGAAUACAUGAGAUGCACGAAGUGAAGGGUAAGGACCAGAUCGGAGCCACAAUGGACUCGAUGGAGUUGGAGAGACAGAGAGGGAUCACAAUCAAGUCGGCGGCCACUCAUGUGCUGUGGAAGGGAACGGCUAUUAAUAUCAUUGACACUCCCGGACACGUGGACUUCACUGUGGAGGUGGAGCGAGCGUUGCGAGUAUUGGACGGCGCGGUACUCGUGUUGUGUGGUGUGGGAGGCGUUCAGUCACAGACAAUGACUGUCACCCGACAGAUGAGGAGAUAUGACGUGCCGUGCAUUGCAUUCAUCAAUAAACUGGACCGACAGUCAGCCAAUCCUAAUAAAGUUGUCGAUCAGAUCCGACGCAAACUUGGAUUUAAUGCCGCCUUUAUUAAUAUCCCCAUUGGUCUGGAGUCCAAACACACCGGACUUAUUGAUCUCAUUGAACGCAAAGCCAUUUACUUUGAGGGCCAAAAUGGCGAAAAGAUAAGAGAAAGUGAAGUUCCCAGUGAUAUGACCGCCGAAGUCGAGACUAAACGACAAGAACUGAUUGAAUGUUUAUCCAAUUGUGACGAUAUUUUAGGCGAAAUGUUUCUCGAAGAAAAGAAACCAAAUAAUCAACAAAUAAUGGAAGCAAUUCGUCGCUCGUGUUUGUCAUUGAAAUUCAUACCAGUCUUAACGGGAAGUGCACUGAAGAACAAAGGAGUGCAACACAUGUUGGAUGCGGUGAUCAAUUAUCUUCCAAACCCAUCCCAAGUGAAUAAUUACGCUCUACUCGAAGAACAGGAGGGAUCGACACCCAAGAAGUUGCCGAUGAAUGCAGAGAGAAGUGACGCCCAAAUGUUUGUGGGGCUGGCAUUCAAGUUAGAAGCGGGCCGUUUCGGACAACUCACUUAUAUGAGAGUAUAUCAGGGAAUGUUACGAAAGGGUACUUAUAUUUACAACACCAGAACCGGUAAGAAAGUGAAGGCCUCGCGAUUGGUUCGGAUGCACGCCAGCGAUAUGGAGGAAAUCGAUGAAGCGUUGGCCGGAGAUAUCUUCGCCCUCUUUGGUGUCGACUGCGCCAGUGGUGACACUUUCGUCACUGAGAGACAGAGCAAGAUUUCCAUGGAAUCCAUGUAUAUUCCCGAAGCCGUUAUAUCAAUGUCGAUGAAAACCGUGUCCAAAGACUCGAUGGAAAACUUUCUCAAAGCAAUCAAUCGUUUCUGUAAAGAAGAUCCCACUUUUCGGAGCCAUUGGGACGACGAGAGUAAAGAGACUGUAGUGUCAGGAAUGGGUGAAUUGCAUCUCGAAAUCUAUGCCCAGAGGAUGGAAAAGGAGUAUAACUGUCCCGUAGUUUUGGGAAAACCUAAGGUUGCGUUCAGAGAGACAAUAGUGCGGUCGUGUCCUUUCGAUUACUUGCAUAAGAAGCAGAGCGGAGGCGCCGGACAGUACGGCUGUGUUCAGGGAAUACUGGAGCCGUUGCCGCCCCACCAAAACACACAGAAUAUAUUCUCUGACGAAACUUCGGGCCCUAAUAUUCCCAAACACUUUGUGCCGUCCAUUAGAAAAGGAUUCCAACAGAUGUGCGAAACGGGUCCACUCAGUGGACACAAACUCAUUGGCCUUAAGUUCCGACUCCAAGACGGCAAACAUCAUUGCGUGGACUCCAAUGAUAUAGCGUUUGUGUUGGCAGCGCAGGGAGCUAUGCGUCAGACCUAUGAUAUGGGCAAAUGGCAGGUAUUGGAGCCCAUCAUGAAUGUCGAGGUUUCGUGUCCUUCCGAAUAUCAGGGAGAGCUCAUCGGACAGGUCUCCCGACGCAAUGGUGUCCUCAUCUCCACCGACGACUCCAAUAAUUGGUUCACAAUUAAUGCUGAAGUGCCGUUGAAUGACAUGUUUGGAUUCGCCACUGAAUUGAGGUCCAGUACUCAGGGAAAGGGAGAGUACACUAUGGAGUACUGCCGCUACUCACCCGCCAGAGCGGACCUAACACAACACCUCAUCGAACAAUACAAUCAACAGUUGGAGGCAAACAGACUCAUGAAGAAGAAGAAUAAAUAAUCAUUUGUCUAAUAAAGACAUUUAAGCAGUA